AUGCGCAGCGCGUACCCACGUUACAGUGAGCUUCAGGUAAGCGUCUCUCCUGGGCUUUCCAUGCGUGGUGAAGGAACAGUGCUCCCUGAAGGUGGCCAACAGCAGCUGUCUCCAGGGCCUCUGCCGCUGCGAGCCGGGCUUCCUGCAGUUCCGCAGGCACACCUGUUCGGCCGCUGCCGCUGCUCGGCGCCGCUGCGCCAGGUGGGCGAGGCGUGCGUCCCGCCGCCCGAGGACCUGCUGCCCAGCGGGGAGGCGGCCGCGCUGCCCUCCGCUUCCGCUGCCGCUGCCGCUUCCUCCUCCCCGUCGUCGCUGUCGUCGUCGACGGCGCCCUUGGUCCCUGCCCCGCCCAGCACCGAAGCCCCCCAGCCGGCCCCGCCCUCGCCCGCCUCCACCGCCCCGCCCACCGUCACCAACGAGCUGGACAACAACGUGCCGCAGGGACCUGUCGAGGACAGCAGCCAUGGCGCGACGGCACAAGACACAGAGAACAGCGUGGAUGAGAUCGAGCAGCGACCGACGCCUUUCGCCCCAGCAGCAGUCGCCACAUCCACAUCCACAUCCACAUACGCACCGCCACCCGCAAGUAUC